UGAUCGAAUCCAGCCCCCAACAUCACCGUGCGUUUGUGCUUACGCUCUUCGUCUUCAACCAUGGAUUUUUGACCCCAGGCCCCAAGAACCACUUAAUUGAUUUCUCUAAGUCCUUCUCGAACGCUGAGUUCCAUGUGAAUCCACCAAUCAUACGUGCGAAUUUCCCGGUUAAGUAGUUCUGAGGAUUCGACGGGCAUGAAGAUGGCUGUGGCUUACGGGCCUUGCCGGGGCUGACAGAACUUGUUGUUGGAUUUUGAAGGAUUCUAAUCGAAGAUUAACCAGAAGCUAGUUCCACAAGCUGCACUUCGCCAUAUCUUGAUUGUCGAUCUGUGCGAUGGUGAGAGGGAGAGGGGGGCGUAUAAGGUUGGAGGUGGUCGCUGCUAAGUUGACGUGGGUUUGAUUCUCCCUUAACUACUCUCUGUGACAGCUUAAGGGUGGCUGUGGUACCGAGCAUAAUGGUUCCUUACGCACCGGCCCUAAGCUCAUCAGAACGUCAAUACCGCAUCGACCACUCAGGCCGCAUCCACAAACCCGCCUUCACGGUCGUCGCAGGCGUCUUCUUCGCCCUCGCAACUCUCCUCACCCUCUCCCGCUGCCUCCUCCGCCUCCACCUCCGCCGCACAAUCUUCCUCGACGACAUCCUCGUCAUCUUCGGCGCAUGCUGUCUCGCUGUCGCCACCGGCGUCCUAUAUUACUGCGUCGACGACCUAUUCCUCCUCGAAGCCUUCACCUUCGAUCCGCUCGUUGCUGCAACCGCCACGCCCGCAGAUACGAUUGCCCUGGUUAGUACGACAAAAUGGACGUAUAUUUUUGUCGAUUUUACAUGGACGGCGAUUUUUGCGGUCAAGUUUUCGUUUUUGGUGUUUUUUAAGACGCUGAUCACAGGGGUGUCAAGGCGGUUGAAUUGGUAUUUUUGGGGGGUUGUGGGGGUUACGGCAGUGACGUGGGGAUUUGAGUUUGUGGAGCCGUUUGUUUAUUGUCCGCAUUUUGGGAUGGAUGCUGCUGUUAAAUGUUCCGGGGAAACGCAGUAUAUACGUCAUGUGACACUUACCUCGAUUGUCAUCGCGCUGGAUAUUAUUACCGACUUGUUAAUCGUCUCAAUCCCCAUAACAAUCCUUAAUAUGACGCAACUCAAGCGCAGCCAAAAAGCCGGCAUUGCAGUCUUCCUCUGUCUCUCCACUGUCAUGAUCGUCAUGGCACUCAUCCGCAUCGCAGGAAUCCAACCCGCGAAACGCCAACUAGAUACUAAUUGGGGGACCUUUUGGCUCCACUUCGAGGGCUGCAUUGCUAUAUGCAUGGGCUCUAUUACCGCAUUCCGGGGAAUUUUUGCGAGCCAUAGCUCCAGUUCAAAUAACCGCACCCCAGACGGUGAAAAGAGCCUCGGCAAUGAGGGUAGCUUUUUAGACCGUCUUCUGCUCCGAAUAGGCCUUUCGAGAAAGUCGAAGACUAAGACAACACAUCCCUCAUGGCUCCAUGCCACAGGGGAUAUCGAACGGAAUAGUGGGCCGAGGAUACAGGACGAUUCUAUCACGCAUGCUACGAUGAGGGGGCUGAAGACUUUCAUCAGGCGACACGGGCGAGAGCCAGGUAAUAAUACUACACUUGGAAGCGUGCAUUCGGAGUUCGAUCCCUUGGCGGAGUACCAUGAUUUCCAGCGGCAUGGGCAGAGUGGGAGUAAGGAAGGGAGUGGACGGGUUGGGAGUGUAAGGGAGUGGAAUUCGAUGUCAGAGAAGGGUCGGGGUGGGAGUUCUGGGGACGGUCGGGGCGUGUAAAAGGGGUUGAAUUGGCGUUGGAUGGGUAUGCUAUGCGGGAUCUAUAGGCGUUUGCUAAAUGGUAGUUUCUGGGGUAAUGGAACGAAUUUUGCAACGUAUGUAUGUAAUCAUAUUAUUUGGAGCCGCAUUUAGAGCUCUUGUAACUUUCAGGGAAGACGAGUGGCUGUUAGUUUUAGUACGAUAUCGUUUACAAUUAAACAGUGCUAAGCGGGG